AUGGCGUUUCCUCGGUCGAUUAUUAUCGUUGGCUCGGGUGUCUUCGGACUGUCAACGGCCUAUGCAAUGGCCAGAGACAGCGCAUUCGCCAACACAUCCAUCACAUUGGUCGAUAGUUGGGAAUUUGAGCCGUCCGGGACACCGAGAGGCACCUCUGUGAGCAAUCCAGGCGCUGCAAACCACGAUACAUCUCGGAUCAUUCGGAGUGAAUACCCCCACGGACCGUAUGCAAUUCUUGCAAAGAAAGCCCAUGUUCAAUGGAGGGGGCCAUGGGGUGAGAAUGGCCGUUAUGUGGAGCGGCGACUUUUGCUGUCUGCGCAGGGGAGCUCAUUGAGGGGCCCAAAACUCCCUGGUGAAACUGUCAACUACGUGAAAAACGCGUAUGAGCUUAGUUGUGAAUUGUCCUCCGGGGGCAAAGAUGGCCUUCCAGUUCUUGACUCCUUGGAUCGAAUACGUGCCGAGCUCGGAAUUUGGGAUUCUGGUGAUACUCAGAACAUGAAGAAAGAUCUCCGUGGUUAUAUAUCCCAAGACGCCGGAUGGGCUGAUAGCAGCGCUGCUAUGGAAUGGCUACGGCAGAGGCUUCUCGAGACUAGUCGCGUCCAGACUCGGACUGGAAAAGUCGAAAGUCUCAUCUACAUCGAGUCUGCCAUUGCAGCGGGACAGGAUGCUAUAGUUGGAGGAGUUCGCCUAGACAAUGGACAAGACCUGUUGGCAGAUCUUACUAUCGUCGCCGCAGGCAGUCAUACUCCACGACUCCUCGGGAUGGACAAGCUAUGCGAUGUCUACAGUGAGCUUGUUGCCUAUAUCCAGCUUUCUCCGGAAGAGUGCCUUCAUCUCAAACAGUUGAAUUUUCCCAUCAUCGUCAAUGCUGAUCGCUGUGUGUUCGCGAUUGCGCCUGACCGUGAAGGAUUCCUCAAAUUGGGGAAAUUCUCUCACAGUGGUCUGGUCGAUGUUCGCCAGUGUGCAGGAAUUACCGUCGGUCCUCGUCAGCAUCGCCGAGCCCCUCGUGAACAGUGGAGUGAUAUCGAAUUUGGCUGGGGAGGCGAAAUUGACCCGUCCAAGGAUAUUGACGAGCAAGGCCAACAAACCCUGGCGGACUAUCGGGGCUUCCUGGCUGAGCUGUUUUCCUCUUCGGUAAUCCAAGGAGAAGCAACACCUUUUGCAGAUCUUGCUCGGCGUCCAUUCACCAAAAUCCGCCGAUGUUGGUAUACAGAUACACCCGCAACUGACUUUAUUAUCGAUUACCACCCUGCAUCUGCUGGUACCCUUUUUGUGGCUUCUGGAGGCUCAGAUCAUGCCUUCAAGUUCUUACCAGUGAUUGGAGAAAGUAUUGCGGGUAUUGUCCUACAAGGUCGAGGCGUUCCAUGCGAUGCUGAUGAUGAUGACAAUUUGACCGUGCUGCGUGAAGCUUGGAGAUUUCCACGUGUUCCUAGAAGCAAUUUGUAA